GUCCCCCCCCCCACAUCGGCCGUCGGCGGCGACGACGGCGACAACAGCCACACAAUUCGUUCCUCUCUCGUCGGGAAAAAAUGGGAAGUUGCAAGUAUUCGUGCAAAACAAGAUCUGAAACCCUAGAAUGGAUCACCGCCAUUGUUGAUUUCCUAGAACCUUUUUCUUUCCUGAUGAAUGCCCACGUCGUCAAUUUCUUCAAGGACAAGCUAUGGGAAGCUGUCGAUCAGGAAUGGAUAAGCCGCUUACGGAAGGAGAAGCCGGAGAAUCUUCUUCUUAUUCCUUCCGGUGUUGUCCAGGAUUACUGGCCUGCCUCACUUAGGGAGUUUGUUCAUUCCUUGAGGUCUCUUUCGUUUCCAAGGGAGCAAGUGGAUUUGCGAGCGGAAUUCCCAGACGUGCACAUGGCACCACUUAACAGUGUCCUCUCCCAGGGCAUGAAUUUAAAGAAGAAACACGAAGUCCAAGUUCUUUCAUCUGUUGUUAGCUCAGUUGUCAACAGUGUUGGAGCUCAUACUGUAGUUGAUGUUGGUGCUGGUCAGGGUUAUCUAGCUCAAGUUCUCUCUUUUCAGUACAAGCAUUUAGUGAUUGCUAUUGAUGCUUGUUCCCAUCAUGGGAAUGUGACAGAUGCUCGUGCCAUGCGGAUCAAAAAGCAUUUUGCUGCACAGAUGCGUAAAUCUGGCUCAGGAAACAAGUGCCCGAACGUACCUGUGACUGUUACAUGCCGUGUACUUUCCACAGAGGCGUUAAAAUCCUUGAAUGAUGUUCCGCGGAAUGAAGAAGUGGAUUUGAAUGUGACUGAAUUGGAUGGAAAUCAGAGGAGAUCACAAGAUUCAAACAGGUCGUGCUCACUUGUUCUUGCUGGUCUGCAUGCAUGCGGGGAUCUUUCUGUGACGAUGCUAAGGACCUUCGUGGAAUGCAAAGAAGUUAAGGCAGUUGUGAGCGUUGGCUGCUGUUACAACUUAAUUUCUGAAGAAAGGAUCGAGAAUUCCGGGUCACAAUGCGGUUUUCCAAUGAGCUCUUGCCUCAAAUCUUCGGGGUUCUCGCUCGGGAAAAAUUCCCGUGAUCUAGCUUGUCAAAGUGCUGAGAGAUGGAGCAGCUUAGGAGAAGAUGCCGGUCUCCAGAAUUUCGAGUUGCAUGCUUUUCGUGCAGCUUUCCAAAUGGUCCUAUCGAAAUAUUAUCCAGAGGUUAUGGCCACAAGUCCAUCGAUCGGGCGUCAAGGGAAGACAUUGCGUCGCCAACAACAAAGAAAAGUCCUCGAGUCACGGUCUAAGGCAGAUGGAGUUUCCUCUGCAACGAGAAAAGAUCCCGUCUCUGGAUCAUCUUUCGACAUUGAUGAGCCGUCGUGGACAGGGAGUUCCGCAAGGGAAACAAUCUCGGAUUCUGAUAGAUCUUCUUCUUCAUUCGAGAACUUUUGCAUGUCAGCGUUUUCUCGGCUAAAUCUUGAACGUCCUCGAGAUAUUGACCUGCAAGAGGUGUGGAAGGAAGCCGAGGCAUUCACGGAGCUUAUAGGGCCUUACUGGUCGAUCCGAGCUGCUUUAGGACCUGUUUUGGAGACACUGAUCUUGCUCGAUCGAUUAAUGUUUCUUCAAGAACAAGACGAUUCGAUCGAAGCAGUGAUGCUCCCCAUAUUUGAUCCAACCAUAUCACCCAGAAACGUAGCCAUCAUCGCCAAGAAAGCUACGCUCAAGACAAGAAGAGCUUUUACUACUUGUGGCUGAUUUCUUCUUGUCCUAACGAGACAAAGGUGUUCAGUUCAAUGUCAUUUGGAUUCAUAUAUUACAUGAAUUUUUUAAUUAGCUAUAAAAUACACAAAUUUGAAAA